UUAUCUUGCCGGGACCAGCACAAUCCCGGGAGGACUUGAUCACCCACGUGUAGUACUUAUCUCUGUGUAGGACAUCAGCUGGCUCUCAUCGCUUAAAAAUGGCUCGUACCCUUCUCUUAAUCAUCGGGGCAUUAUUUAAUACCAUCCUUGCUGCUCGGGUACCGACCAAACACGGUACUACUGUCGCUGCCCCAACGAUUCCCGUUGGAACUCCAGAUUCUACUGUCGCUGCUACAACAAUUCCAGUCGGGGACCCAAACUGCAAGGACAGCAUCCCCAAUUGCGACACAUACGGCCAUGCUUCCUGUACUGGGCCAUACGAGUCGUGGGCUAAGACCCACUGCCAAGCCUUUUGUGGCUUCUGCAUACCCAUCACCUCCCCCUUUGUGUGCGCCGACAAGGUGCGCUGUAUUGAGUAUGGCGCGGACCUCUGCUCCAACCCGGACUACGUCGGUUUCGUAGAGAAAAACUGUGUCAAGUACUGCCACAUGUGCCCAGGUGAUGUUACCACGACGCCCAUUCCAAAAACAGGGUGUUUCGAUGACUUCGAGCGGUGUGACGAGUUCGGCAAGGGUACCUGUACUGGCUACCCCAACUGGUCUAAACUCUUCUGCUCCAAAUACUGCGGCUUCUGCAAGUCGACGGGCGAGACUGGUGGUGUGACCGACGCAGUGUCUACAACACCUGCUUCCACUACAGUUCAAGAUCUUGAUUGUUUUGACCGGAGAGACUGUUCUGCAUACGACAUCAAGACAUCGUGUUGUGGGUCGUACGAGGCUUUCUCCAGAUACAACUGUGCCAGACACUGCCGAUUUUGUGCCCCAAAGGUUACCCCCGCCCCCCUUUGCACCGACACUGACCCCAUCUGCAGCAGCUACAACGCCGACCUGUGCAACAACUCCAAGUACGACAGCUUCGCCCGUGAACACUGCGCUGGAUAUUGCAAGAUCUGCGACCGCCCAGUGUACCUUCCCGAAUGCGCCAGAGGAAACACAACCACCACAGGCUCUGUGACAGUUUCCGGUCAAACGGGGCCACCAACGUCCCCACAGUCUACCCCCACGACGACCCCGGCGCCGGGAACGAGAUGCACUCAAGACGAGAAGUACUAUAGUCAGGGGGAGAGUUGGUACACCGCAGACUGCUACAAGAGCUGCACCUGCCACGACCCCACCACCAACGACAUACGCUGUGGACCCCUCAGGUGCCCGAAGUGGGAGUCGAACUGCGAGGUGGUGCUGGUGCCAGGAGCCUGCUGUCCUAUACUCAAGUGUAACUACUUCAACACAAUACACGGAGAGAGAACCCAAGAAGGCCAAACUUUGAUAGGGAAAUAGCGUGUAUAUGGUACCAGUAAUAAACUGAUUCAUUGUA